GAAUCAAGCCCCAAAAACUACAAUAGUAUACUAUACCCCUCCGCAACUCUGAGCCCCCCACUCCCUCCCUUGCUCUCCUCUCCUUCUUCAUCCUCCACACUUUCACCAACAAGAGAAAGUCAAAGAACCCAUCAAAUCUGCUUUCGUCCAACACAAAAAGCUGUUCCCUUUUUCAGCUUGUGGAAACGGAUUCUUACAAGGGUAUCUUGCUUCUUCUUUUCUGGUGUUUUGGAUUAUAUCUUCAGUCUCUUGUGAUUUUCCGCUGUUCAAACAAUCGUAAAGAUGGUACUUUGUCCUUGUAUUCUUGUAAGUGAAGUAUUAAGUGAAUUAAAAUAAUUUUGAGGCAUUGUCACUUGCUAACUAUUUUUUUAACUCAGUCUUGGGGGUAAUAGAAUAGAAUGCUUGAAAUUGAGUCUUGGCGUGAACAUAUACAGUAAUAACCAAAGAGAGAAAUAAUGACUAAGCCAGUCCCCUUCCUUUAGAAUCUUUUGGACUUCUGUGUAUGGAAGAUAGUAGCCUAGUACGUCUAAACAGCAGGUUCUUGGUGUCGUCGAUUCCUAAAUGGGAUUUAAAAGUUUAAAAGAAUUUAGCAUAAGGUUUUCUGGCCAAUGAGGAUUUGACUUGGCACUGUAUGAAUCUCCUGUGGCAAAACAUCUGAACAUGGAUAAAGUAUCACAAGACUGUCCAUACCCAGGUUGCUUUUUUUGUGUUAUGAAGGAAGGAAAUCCAAGUAAGCGUAGAGCAAGUAUACUGAAGUUCUUCAGAGACCUCCCUUCACAAGAUGAUGAUGGUCAGGUUCUUCCUAUCAGUGGCCUUUGGAACACUGCCAUGGCUCAUCCUAAUGAUCCAGAGUUCAUUGAAUUGGGGAUUUUUCAAUGCAUGGCUGCACUAAUAUGGAAGGGUCUCAAGAACCACCGCUGGCUUGCUCAUGACCAAAAUAUUUACAUUCCUUAUUAUGCUGCACAUAUUAUUGGAUCCUACACCAUGAACAUGGAAGAAUUUGCAGAAACUGCUGUACAUGCUGGAGUAAUACCUCCUUUAGUUGAGCUUUUGAGUGGGAGGUUGACUUGGGUAGAACAAAGGGUGGCAGUGCGAGCUUUAGGGCACUUGUCUACCUAUGCUAGCACUUUUCCUGCCGUAGCAAGUCAUGGUAAAAUCCUUGAGCUCUCCAUUCAGCUGGCAAUGAGUUCACUUGAAAUGGUGUACUCCCAUUUUUACCAGUAUGUCGAUAGAAGGGUGAGUUAUCACUGUGAUCUGCUGACUCGUGGAAUGGGUGGUGUUGAAAUGGAGUCCAGGAAAGCAGAGGAAUGGGCUAGUCAAUUGCAAUGUUGGUCCCUUCAGCUUAUUAAUUGCUUUGCAUUCAAGCCAGACUUUCUUCCUACUAUUUGCAAAACUGAAUUCCUAAUGAAGCUACCAGGAAUGUGGGGUGGACUUGUUAAUGAAAACUCACCAGCAGGUAUUGGGUUGUUAAGGACCAUCUGUCAUCAUAAGCUUGGUAGGGGACCUGUUGCUAGCUGUCCUGGUAUUAUCGAAGCAUUGUGUAACAUUGCUUGCUCAUCAGAUGAUUGGCAGUACAUGGCUAUUGAUUGUCUACUUUGGUUACUUCAAGACCCAAACACAUGUCAUAAGGUGAUUGAUAAGGCAGUACCUGCUCUUGUAGACCUUGCGGAGAUUACCAACCUUGGUGAUCACAAAAAGCUUGGGGAUUCUAUUGUUAAUGUUCUUCAGGAAUGUAUCCAAUUUCAAGGGACAGGGAGAAACCCCAUCAGUAACAGAACAAAAGAGCUGAUUGAAGAACUAUUAAAUUCGAGGCAGAGAUUGAAAUGGGAGAAGAAUAUGCCGAAAGAGGAUCUGCAUAUUAAACAGGCAGCUGCAUUAGUAGUCAAGCUUGAAGGAAAUUCUCUUUUCUCUUCAGGAAAUAUAGCUGGAGCUGCAUCAAAAUAUUCAGAAGCAUUGGCAUUAUGUCCGAUGAGAUCAAAGAAAGAGAGAGUUGUUCUGUACAGUAAUCGAGCUCAGUGUCAUCUGCUAUUGCAGCAACCCUUGGCUGCCAUAAGUGAUGCUACACGUGCUUUAUGUCUUCACAAUCCACUUAACCGUCAUGCAAAAAGCCUAUGGAGAAGAGCUCAGGCGUAUGAUAUGCUUGGCUUAGCUAAAGAGAGUUUGCUAGAUGCCAUUCUCUUCAUAAAUGAAUGCUCUCAUUCAAAUGACCCUGAUCUUUCAUUGAGGCAAAAUAAGGUUCCUGACUACGCCGAACGUUUGGUCAAGAAGCAGAUGCGUGCAGCUUGGUUAUUUAGAGAAGCAGCUAUCAAACAUGGGAGAGUCCACUGCGAGGGUGAUGCUGGUAACUUCUAUGGCCAUGACACUGAUGACUCUGAAUGGGAGACAGCAAGUGAAAGUGAUAUAGGAAAUGAUGGAAGGGAUGAAAUGGAUGAUUAUGAUGAUGAUGAUAGUGAAUGGAAGAAUGAAGAUGAGAGGAAAGAUAAAUAUGAUAAACCCUCCUUGAAAGACAUAAAGCAUGGAUAUAAUGUGCAGCUCGCAGAAGGAGAGCCAUGACUGUUGGAUGCAGGCUAUGGUGAUUCACUGUUUCAUAUUCCACGGCUUUUGUUAUUAUGCCUUAAUGUUGCUCUGACAUCUAGCUUGCUCUUAGAAGCAUCUUUGAAUGGAAGUGUGUUUGGUCAUUCAUUGUGUUUAGAACUAAAACAUGUUUUUACAAAUUUCACUAGCCUUUUUUUUGUUUAUUAAAUUUUUUUUCCUUGUCUCUUUCUGUUGUUAAUUUCAACUGUAGAAAAAUGGAAGAGAAUGGAGAUUUUGAGCGUAGAGAACCAUUCUUUAGCUCGGGGAUGUGAAUUGUGAAGGUUUCUAGUGUUUUUAAGGUUUGUGUAUAUAAAACCCUGAAGGGAGUUUUUUUGACUUUGAAUUGAUUAUAUUUGAAUGAUAAUUUUCAUCUCCUGAUUAUUCUGUUUAUGC